AUGUCAGUCGAAGUUGAUCAACAAGCACCUGAAUUUACUCUUUUUAAUACUGAACAAAAAGAAGUUUCUCUUAAAGAUUUAACAUCAAAAUCAAAUGUUGUUGUAUUAUUUUUUCCAUUAGCAUUUACUGGUGUUUGUACACAAGAAUUAUGUUCAGCUCGUGAUGAUAUUAGCAAAUAUCAAAAAUUAAAUGCAACAAUUGUUGGAAUAUCUGUUGAUUCACUUUUUACUUUAGGAAAAUUUCGUGAAGAACAAAAACUUCCAUUUGAUUUAUUAUCUGAUUUUAAUAAAGAUGUUUCAAGAAAAUAUAAUUCACUUUAUGAUGAAUUUCCAUUAUUUGGUCUUAAAGGUGUUACAAAACGAAGUGCAUUUGUUGUUGAUAAACAAGGAAAAAUCAAAUAUGCUGAAAUACUUGCUGAUCCAGGAAAAGUUCCAGAUUUUGCUAAAAUUAAAGAAGUUUUAGAACAAUGUGAAAAGUAA